AUGUCCAACUCGAGUUGUGCUGCUCCGUCGGAUCUCGCCCGUCUCGCCAGUGUGAACUUUGUCGUUUCCCAACUCGUCGAUCUCACCGCCAUCCUCAUCACUUUCGGCUCCACCUAUUUCGCUGUGAACGUGGUUCUCAAACGAUCCAUCUUCCAACUUUCCACUAAAAUUCUUCUACUCCAAAACCUAUUCUACGCGAAUCUCCAUCAACUUUCCUAUGGAAUCGAGGCGGUCGGACUUCUCUACAGACACGCUUUUCUGAUGGAUGAACCGUGCAAAAUUCUUCAGUCAGAAGCCCACUGCGCCCCGUAUUUGGAAGUAUUGUUGUGUGGAAUCAGUGGAAUGAUUUACGGACAAACUGGACUUAUGAUCGACAGAGCGUUCGCCACGUUCUCAGAAAGUUAUUCGAAGCGGAAGAGUCUUUGGGUUGCCUGCUCCAUUUUUGUGGCCAUUCUUGCGGGAAGCGCAUCCACCGGACGUCUUCUUUUGUGGGACGAUCCCGUUGAAAAGUUCAUCUUCGGCUGCUUCGUGUUUCCAUCGCAAAGCUCCGCCAGAUCCAUCCGAUAUUUCAUGGUCUGCACCUUUUUGACCCUUUUCAAUUUGGCCACUUCUCUUCUGAUUAUGCGCUAUAACAAACGGUUUGAAUACGCGUAAGUUACUCUCUUCAGGAUUUUAACAAAGAAACGUUUGUUUCAGAACCAGGUUCAAAGUGGGAGAAAGAUUCCGAAAAAGAGAAGCGAUCGAGUCCACAAAGACCAUUUGCUUUCUCAUUUGUUUCCAGUUCAUCGGCAUGUUCAUUUACUACUUCGGAAUUAUGCUUUUGGCGCGAUUGAAAGAUGUGCUCGUGGUGUCAACAUUUUAUUUUUGGAUUGUCUGGUGUUACGUAAGUUUUUCAAAGCUUUGCAUGUAAGAUAUCAAAAAGUGGUCAGCUGAUAAAAUGUACAAAAUGAGCUAAUAAGCAAUUUCUUUGUUGACAACUUUUUGAUAUCUCUAUCGGCAACUGAUAGGAAUCGCUUUGAAAACUACUAAUUCCUUUGCAGACAGUUCCAUUCACCGCCGCCUCGUUACCCCUCCUUUUAAUUCAAAGAAUCCAUUCAACGCGUGCCAAUCGUGUUCAAAUAAUCAGCGAAAUAACAAAUACAAAGCAAACUCAAGAAGAUCACAUCAAGGAAAUCACUAAAAUGUGGAACUGAGGGCGUCUUCUCGUUCAGUCUGUCUACAUAGAUCAUUUCGAAGAAUUCCAGCUAGUCCUCCAAUUAAUUGCUUUCUGUUUAUAUAAUUUGCCUUGGGGGGUCUCACUAACGCCUAUAAAGCAUUUACUCUAUUCAAUAACCUGCUUGUUUCGUUCCAUUCCAUUCCCAUUCAGUUGUGCAUUCGGAGCUAUCUCGUCCGAUGAUUCAGCUCGUUACUCACAUGAUAUUGUCUGUCUCCUAAUCAGCUCAUAACCAGAAACCAAUCAACAAUUGCUCUUUGUUCAUUCCUUUCCACGAGACGGAAUUGAAUUGUGUUCUGUUCAAAGGUCAAUCCACAAGGGGAGAAUACUCUCCAAUAACACCUACUCUUUCAUGUAUGACCACAAAAAGAAUUGUUUUGCUGCGAACACUCCGUGACGAAGCACGGAUUCGUCUGUCCCAGGCAGCGUCUCGUUUCUCCAAUUAAUUCAGUUUCUGUUUUUGUCCGAUUAUAAUUCUCUAAAUUUAGAAUGUCUUGGAAUUCGAGUUGUGCGUCUCCAGAUGACGUCACAUACCUUCAAAGUUUAAAUUAUCGGCUCUCGGCCUUUUGUUCUCUCUGCUCCGUUUGUGCCACUUUCUUCGUUUCGCUCAAAGCCGUUCACUUGAUUCGCACCAAAUCAAUAUUUCAAUCUUCCACCAAAAUCAUUAUUUUUUUCAAUAUCUUAUACGCAAACAUUCAUCAAGUUGCAUUCGCAAUUGAAGAGGUUGGUUAAUAUAGGAAAGACGAAAAAUUAGAUGUGUUUACAGGUUACCAUGAUCUACAAGAGUGUAUUUCUUAACGAUGAACAGUGUGUAUGGUUGCAAAGUGAAGAAAAUUGCGUUCCCUAUUCGUCCGUACGAUUCACCGGAAUAAGUGGAAUGAUUUACGCGCAGACCGGGCUUCUAAUUGAACGGUACGCUUUCUAGCUGUUGUUAUGGAGCAUAUGAGGCUUCCUUUUGAAAUUUCCCGAACGUAUGGAGCUUAACUCCUUAGGAAAACGGGACGUUCAACCUCUGAUUUCUGCAUUUUUGAGAAUUUCAUAACAACAAUCCCAGUCUCGAACGAUGACGUUGUGAGUAGCAGCCGACAACUCAAUUCGCAAGACCAGCUGACGAUUUCUGAACUUUUUUAACUUUUUUCUCACUGGGAUUUCUCCAAAUUGUCAAAUCCAAUUUGCAGCGCGUUCGCAACAUUCUACAAGAACUAUUCGACGUUCGUGAGCCGUCUCACCGGCAUCGUCGUCUCCUCCGUUGUGCUCGUGUGCAGUGCACUCACUUUCCGUCUCAUUCUCUGGGACGAUCCCCUGGACGGACACAUUCUUUCGUGCUUCAUCCCGCCGGAGCACAGUUCCACCAGAAUCAAUCUGUUCCUGUCCGUUUGUGUUCUUCUCACUCUUUUCAAUUUGAUCACUUCGAUUUCGGUUAUGUAUUACAACAAACGGCUGGAAUUUGAGUGA